UAUUGUUAAUUGUAUGAAAAUUAUUGUGAUCAGCGAUCAGUCUCGUCAAUAUGCCAAAGAUGUGCGAAGGGGCUGUUACUUUUUACAAAUUCAGAUAUGAAUAAGCACUCAUCGCUGAAUUUAUUUCAAGAUAAGAUGUUCUAUUCAAUUCAUAGGGUUACAUAGUUUAUAAAUUACUAGCUGUGAAAGGGGUGACAAGGACUGCCAAAGAGCCAAGAUGAUUACCGAUCAAUUACUACUACUGAUUUGAAUAAAUGACAAAAUAUAAUUGAGGAUAUUUACAAAAAGUUUGCCUAACACUAUGUUUAUUAAGCUAAAUAAUUGAAAACUUAGUAGAAUAAAUUAUUUAAUUGGAGGAAUGAGUCAAUUAGGAGCUCUGGAGGGCGGAAAUACCGUGAAAUUCAUUGACGACUCAACACUUUCGAGCGCAAUUACUAAUUUCUUCACUUCAAAAUAUCAAUAUUAAAACAGACUAAAGUAUCUCCCCCUCGACUCAACACAUUAUUCAUUCAUUUAAAUAACUAAAAAGUUACGCGAAUGAAUUUUAGAAUUGUAGAACGAGCCAAUUGGGAACUCUGGUUUUUGCUGAUCAACAUGACAGCAAUACGAACUUGAUGGAAGAACCGCGGAAUAUUUUCAGGACUUGAACACAAUUUUUUAAAUUGAUUAAGCCGAUAAAAACCCGAUAAAAAAUACCGCAGAUCAUUUAUUCCCCAUAAUCAAUCGCCUUUUCUCUCAGUUCAGUUCCACUUCAACUGAUGAAUGUUGAAGAGAGAAAAAAAUAGCUCUCCCCAUUAUCCACUUGAUCCCUAUCAAUUAACGCCACAUUCUCGUCAACCUUUCUCGAAUAGUCCUCAGCGUUUAUUUAUUUAUCAUCUUUCAGUUCUCCUUUUUUCAUUUUUACCGGUGGCCGACGGGCAACCGGUGUAGUUGAAGAGCGCUGCAAGAACCAUGUGUGUUAAGUGUGUAUAGGUAUAAUGCUGUUGAAAAAGUAUUCGCGUUUUAUAUUGCCCUCUAUCACACGUCCAUCUCUGUCAUCAUGUCUUUCUACUCCAACUCAAUCUUCUCGAUUGCUUCAAAUUAGAGGGACAACGUUAAUGGGUUUUUUUUUUAAUGGGGCUUACUUUCAAGUGGUCAGUCCACCAUCGAUUAAUCGAUAGGGGUUAUUGGCAAAUUAUGCUAGUGGGGGUGUGAUGAAACGGAGUCGACCUCCGUUGACAUUUCGAAGGCUCUGAUUUGAUUUUUUUUUCUAAACGGUCGGCUUGUUUUUCAGGAUUCUUAAAUGGAAAAACAAUGAUAGAAAUUUUUUUCUGCAAGCUUUUGGCUAAUUUUAGUGGACAUCUCCCCUCGUUGAAAAAACUCAGCCUUUCGAAUAGUGUCCAGAAAGAGAUUAGAGAAAUCAGAAUGGAAAAAUGAAUUUGCUUGGAACAUUUUCGUUUCUACCUAAAUUUUGUAUACAAAACAAAUUUAAUUGUUGACUGAUAUUUCCGAAUAAAAAGAAGUUCGGUUUAUUUCUGAAUUAUUUUAGAAGAAUGUUAGAGCAUUGCUCGUAGGUCAUUUGAUUUGCUAGAAAAAAAUCUCUCACCAUUUUUUCUCAAGAAGAUUUCGCCUCUGAGAUUAAUCAAUCAACGAAAAUCCCAAGGACUUGGAAACCCCUUCAAAUUGCUAAUAGGAAGAAAUACUUUUUCUUCCUAUUACGAUUCACCGCUCACCCAUUGAUUAAUAUCUGUGCAUGUAGACGUAUAUGUGUGUGAAUCCCCAUCCCAAACCAGAGAGUGAUUAAAUAGAACGAUCACAGGGCGAUGAAAAUUGGAGGAAAGAGUUAAAAAGACUGUGAAUAAUGAGAAAAAAAAAUGGAGAAAAUGAGAAGUGCGUGCCGUGGAGCAUUUCAGGCUUUGGGUUUGCAGGUUCAAUUUCGAGUAGACCCGGUGGACUAUCUUAUCACGACAUGUUCACCGUAUCACUUGACGCCCCGGUGGGUACACGGUGGAGGUGCCGUGCAUGCGGCAUACAGGUGACCAACCGUUGGCACCACUUCCACGUUCACACUGGUCAACGAUCACUGUGCCCGUAUUGUCCGGCAACCUACAGCAGAGUCGACACCCUGCGUUCACACCUACGCGCUAAGCACCGGGAGUUGCUCGUCGCUAAGGGUAUAUUGCAGGGAAUGGCUGUCCUCGGGCACAGACGACGCAGACAGCAUGCCGUUAUAAGGCCAACAAUGUUACAUUAAAUAUGAUUUAUUAGUUUCAUGUGGUGAAGUGGUAACGGGGGGAGGCAUACGCGUUGUCAAUUAUGUGUAAAUUUUAAUUACAGUGCAGUGCACUACUUUCAGAAAUUUUUCAUUUAACGUGGGAACUUCAAUUGAGCUCAGGUUUUCCUAAUUUCCUCAUAGGAAUCCAAUUAAUAUUCGAUAGAUAGCGAACAUAAGUCUCGUCACUUUAGACUUUUCUCUUUAGUGUGACUUAAUUAAUUUUUUCCUCUAAAUACUUUUUUUCAAUUGUUUGAGCUCAUACUAAUUACAUUUCAAAUUUUUCAAACUUUGUUUUUACGUUUGAUUUUCACAUGUGAAUGAAGAAAGGAAAUAGUGAACGACAAUGGGAUAAAUUAUCGCGAGGAAUUCCUCUAAAAAAUAGGUCAAUAGCCAAAGGUCUUUAGAACGAUGAAAGCCCAUUAAUUUUUUCUACAGAAUAGUUUUUAAUGCACAUGUUACAUUUAUCCUUCCUUAUUUACGUGAAACUAAGCGCAAUCGUUACUUCCAUUGAGGUACUGUGCGAUCAAUUUUUGCGUCGCCACAAUUUAUUUUGAGUGGAAAAGCGCACGCGGAUUUUUCCACUCCUUUGACCUCCCAUUAGGCAGAUGUGACAACACAGUGUCAAACAUUUCCGCGAUCUGAUCCGCAGUAUCGCGGCCUAAUGCCAUAUUCAUUUCAAGUUAGAGGAAUAGGAGUUUUCGCUGAGCGGGGGCUUCCGAUUACAAAAUUCAUUUCUGGCAAUAAAUUGGUAGUUGAUUUCAAAAUGCGUUCUCCACCACUUCACUACAAAAUCCACCCCUAGAAAUUCUCACAAAUUAUCCUAUGAUAACCGUCUCGAGAUAUAUUUUUUUUCAUAUUUUUCGCAAUCUAGUCAACCCCAAUAUCCGUAAAUCCCCGAAAAAUUCAAACUGCCCACUCAAUUAAAUCCCCUGUCCGGUCGAAUUGUUCCCGAGUGCCCCUGGCACAUCCAAGGGGAUUGGGUAGAAGGUGAUCAAUAACAUGCAAUCGUGAAAUUUAUAACGCCAGGGUAUUUGAACAAAAUAAAUAUAAGUAUAUGUGAGCGAUGGAAUCGCAAAUGACGAAUUUAUUAUUUAGUGAAAGGAAAAAAACUGAGAAAAGUUAAUCCAAAAUUUCGUGUGUCGCCCUCAUUGUCCCUCGACCGCGUCAAUAAUCUCCGAAAUAAUUGAAUUCACCCUCAGGAUUGAGAACUUAGAUGACUCAAUAAAAUUAACCAAAGAUAAUGUGUGAAAUCAAUCAUCAGAAUUCGUGCAUUCAAGAGCAAAGAAAUUUAAUUUUACACUUUUGGUGAAAAAUAAAAACAGGAGAAAAAAAUUUAUAAGAAUCACGUGGGGCUCAAAUGACAUGUGAUUAACCGUCAAUACAAGUUACAAAAACAGGCACACAAUGUACACUGUAAAUAGUACAAUAACAAAGCGACUGUUUUCCAAAAUCAAUAGUAUUACCGAAGGCUCCGAGCUCUGUCCACUGAUAACUCCAUCGAAUUUUCAUUUUUCCCACUGCAAUUAUCCCGAUAAACUCAAUUUCUUCCAGUCAGUUGUACAGAAAUAGUCUCACAUUAACUUAGAUAAUUAAAUUAAAUUAUAAAUCAUUGUUCAUAUCAGAAUUAAAUAUUUUUCACUCGGAUCCCCUAAACAACGUUCGUUAUCACUGGUCAGAUUGAAUCCAGAGCCCUAGCGAAGUUGCAAAUAAAGCAUGUGCUCUUUGGACCAAAAACAUUAUUUGUGUUACUAUAGAUAAAUAAUGGCUAAUGAAAAAAUAAUAAAUACAGACAAAACAGUAAUCCAGUGAUAAAACGAGAAAGCUUAAACAUGUUAUCAUUCGCUUAGUAUAAAAAAAUCUCGAAAAUGAGUGAGCUUACGGAAAAAUAUAAUUAAAUAUUUUUUACGGAGAAUGAAAUUCCCUACAAAAAACAUAUUGUAAAAUUUUUCCUUAGAACCACUGGUCAUCGAGAUAAUUUUGAUUAUUUAUAGGCUACUAGUUGUUCCAUUUUACGGCGUUUUAUCACUCGAUAACUGAAUUUUUAAUAACAAAAAAGAAAUGUCUCGUUGGUCCUUCGCGAAGGCAUCGAAACUCUCAUACCUACAUAGAAAUAAAUUAUAAUAAACAAAAUGGAGUCUCCCGCAGGCUCCACUACUCAAGUGGAGAAUUAAAAAACCUUAACAAAAAAUAACAAAAAUUAUAUUAAUAACGAUAAAGGAAAAAAUUAAUCCUAAAGAAAUAUUACUAGUGAUAAUGGUUAUAAAGAAAACAGCGGCAAUGUUGCAAAUAUUUCAGAGAAAACUAAAGAUCAAUAAACUUAUAUGUGUCCCAUUCUCCCUUACCCCUCUCCCUCCCAGCAAAGCCUCUUUUUUGUCUCGUAAAAACUCGAUGGUCUAUCGUAUUCCCGUUUAAUUAUAAAUGAGAAAGAAAAACAAAAAUAAACACUAAAAAAGUAUGAACCUGAAACAGAGAAACAGCAGACACCCAGAAAUACAUAAACAUUAUUUGAAAACACAUUUGAUCAGAGCGAAAUGAGCAACUGAAAUUAUGAAAAAAAAACAUACGACACUAUUGAAACAAUUCAACAAAUCGCCGUUCCUGCAAAUUAGCAUAUCAAUGCUCGUCGAAAGUCCAAGUUAUAACAUCGAAAUGAUAAUAAUUGAUAACCGAAUUGUUAGAUUAUAUAAUUGAAGGGAGGAAUGAUCGAUGAACGAAUUGAGGUGAGUGACUGAACGUUAAGAAAUGAGAGAAUCAUAAUGGAGGGAAAUUCAGUAGCGAUGAGGUAGAAUAAUAUCGGAGAAAAACUUAUAAUUUCUAAUGUCUUAAGUUUGAGAUUUAAAACAAGUGAAAAACUGAAAAAUACUGGUACCUAAGCAGAGAUUUUUGAGAUUUUUUAAUUAUUCUCUGCUAGUCUCCAUGCUGAAUAAAUUUAAAUUUGAGAGCAGUUUUCGGAAAGUUUUGAAAGAGAAUAGUGAGAGCGGAUACUUAAAAAAAAAUAAUUCCCAUAAAUGUACUACAGUAAAGUUUACUUACCUCAAUUCGGUCCUCAGCUAACGCGCUGAAUUCGUUUAAUUAUAAAUUGCAUCCCUCGGCCGAUACCAUUGAAAUUAAAAUUAUGAUAACCCAAAAACCGGUCAUUCAUCGGUAACGAAGAAUGACAGAGACUGAUAAGGAAAAAAUUAAUCAUGAAAGUAUGGGAUUUUUCAUUAAUAAGACAACAAAUUAUACAAAUUGAUUAAAUUAAGGGGCAAUGGUUGAGGCCGAUGGCUCGAAGCAGUUCUCUAUGCACUUGAUGUAAUAAUGAUGAAAAGUUUAAAAGAAAAACUAAAAAUAUUAUGUAACAAUCAUCAAUAUCGAACUGCCCAUCUAUGGAUCGUACUGCCAUGUCUCUUGAUAGUACUUAAGCUGGAAUGAUAACUUAAUCCCUCUUUAAAAGAAACAGUCAGAGUAAAAAAAAUAUUUCAAAAUCGGAAACAUUCUCCUCAUAAAAACUGCCCGUGAAACAUCAUGAACAAGUUAAUAAAAUAAAAACAAGGUAUUGAAAGAAAUCAAUUUCCCCAGACGACAUAUUUUUUCAAAAGCCAUUUUAUUUCCCCCAAAAAAUAAUUCUCAAGGUGAGAAGAAUAUUUUCAAACUGAGAAAUUCUUUUCCUCAAAAAACCAACAAAUGCAAAAGUGAAACUAGGUAAAUGAAUUUAACCCGAGAAAUCGACCGCACGGAGAUUUACUUAAAAAUUAUCAAGACACUUAUUUAUAUGCGAUGUAUUUUUGUGAAUGAAAAAAAACUAUUCAACAGUAUUUAAAAGUGCUACUGCCGUUGUACAGUGGAAAGAAACAAUUGAUAGAUGUACUUUAUGGAUUGUACCUAUAAUGUAUAUAGAUAUAUUUAAUUAAAGUAAAUUAUGGAUUUGUGUACGGCUCUGCACAAUCAAAAAAAACCACUCAACUCAUCCUCCAACAUGUUUAAUUAUCAAAAAUAAUCCUCAGAGUUAAUUGAAGGGGGACGGUGUGAUAUGAGAGGAGGG